CAUAAGAGCUUCGCUGGCCUGUUGUUUUUUGUUUUGAGCUCUGAAAUAUAUCGCAAAUUAGAAAUGAAAUUAUUUCAAUUAAUUGUUUUGUUGACCACAAUUGUCAUAAUCCAACACACAAAUGUUGAAGCGGCGAAAAUUUUGGGAGUUUUUCCUACUACUUCCAAAUCUCAUUAUACAGUAGGAUCUGCACUGAUGAAAGCCCUUGCUAAGAAGGGCCACGAGGUAACUGUAAUCAGUCCAUUCCCACAAAAGAAACAGUUGAAAAAUUAUCAUGAUAUUACAACUACUAAUGUUUGGAAAGCAAUGGAGCCUUUUACUUCAGGCUUCCUAAGUAAUAUCAACAAGGGACCAAUAGAAACAAUUUUGCGAAUAUAUACCUUCGGAAAAGUUUUGACCAACAGCACCUUGACUGAUCCGGCUGUAACGAAGUUGAUCAAUUCCAGGCAACAUUUUGAUUUGGUCAUACUGGAGGUGUUCAUGACCGAUGCGAUGCUUGGUUUUGCGCAUCAUUUCAAUGCACCAUGCGUCGGUAUAUCGUCAUUCGGAGCCAGCAAAUGGACAACGGAUUUGGUUGGAACGCCAGCCCCUCCGUCCUACAUUCCGAACCCAUUCCUAGCAUUUACCGAUCAUAUGAGCUUCAAAGAACGACUGAUGAACACUUUGAUGAGUGUAACGGAGUCCCUAGUGCUCAGAUUUGUCGAUCAACCGGUGCAGAUCGAGAUCUAUCAAAAAAAUUUCCCCGAUCCAAAGCCUACGCUGAAUGAGUUGAAAAAGAAAGCGGUAUCCGCUGUGCUGUUGAACAAUCACUUCUCGCUCAGCUACCCAAGACCGUAUGUCACUGGAAUGAUCGAAGUCGGUGGAAUGCACAUCAACCGAAAUCCGAAUCCACUACCAGUUGAUAUUCAGAGUUUCAUGGACAACGCUACAGAAGGAGUAAUAUAUUUCUCAAUGGGUUCCAACAUAAAAAGCAAAGAUCUGCCAUUGGACAAACGCGAAGCUUUCCUGAAUGCGUUCUCGAAGUUAAAACAAAAAGUGUUAUGGAAGUGGGAGGAUGAGAACAUGCCGUCUAAGCCGGAUAAUGUUCUUAUUCAAAGUUGGUGGCCUCAGAAUGACAUUCUGGCUCAUCCCAACGUGCGUAUUUUUGUAACCCACGGAGGUCUUUUGAGUACUAUGGAGGCACUUUAUCAUGGAGUUCCGGUGAUUGGUAUUCCAAUAUUCGGCGAUCAGCACCUAAACAUGGCCAAAGCUGAGCGCGGCGGAUACGGAUUAACUGUGCCUUAUCUGGAGAUUUCCCAAGAACGCCUAACUCAAGCAAUCAACACGAUUCUGGGAGACAAGAAUUAUAAACAAAAUGCCCAGCUUAUUUCUCAACGAUAUCGAGAUCAACCACAAAAUCCAUUAGAUUUAGCCGUGUAUUGGGUCGAAUACGUCCUUCGACACAAGGGUGCCGCGCAUAUUCGAACUGCGUCGAUGGAUCUAAGUUUUGUUCAAUACCAUAACCUGGAUGUGUUAGCAAUCCUGCUAGGAGUACCUGUGCUGCUGGCGCAUGUAUUGGUUUUGAUGGUGUGUAGAAAAAAGUCGAAUAAGCCUAAUCGCUAUGGAGAUGACAAAAAACGUAACUGAACAAAGUCGCCGUGUAUAAACAUAACGUAUGAACUACGGAAAGUGGAACAAAAAUGGAACAGAAUAUGAAUCCGUUGUAUUCAAACGGGCCGUCAGUUUGCUAGCUAUUUCUGGCAUGUACAUUUAUAUUUACUCUAGUAUUCAAAGAACUACAAAGAUUGUUUAUGCCUAAAAUGAAAAAUGAAUAAAGUUGCUGUGAAAGCAACGUUAUUUUAUCUUAUUUGAUAUCAAGAAUAAAAAAAAUUGCUGUCGGUGUUAGUCAAAAUGAACA